CCACGUAAUCAAGUUUUUGUACGGGAUAAUAAACAAUAAAUAUUUCCAAAUUUUCCGUAUCUAAAAAUUCAAAACAAAAUGACAGAACGUACAUCUGCUGAUGAGAAAAACUAUCAGCUGCUAACCAAAGAUAAUAAUCUUGAAUUACCAUUAAAAACAGAAAUGAUAAUUCAAGAUAAAAUCAUAAAAACUAGUGAAAAAUCAUUUUUAUGUGAUUUAUGUGGCAAAACAUUUUCAACGCAAAGUAAUGUACGAAUGCAUAAACGUAUACAUACCGGGGAAAAACCAUUUUCAUGUGACGUAUGCGAGAAAACUUUCGUGUAUCGACAUCAUUUACUUACGCACAAACGUAAACAUACCGGGGAAAGACCUUUCGCGUGUGAUGUCUGUGGAAAAACAUUUACUUUAAGCAGCCAUUUAAUUGGUCAUAAACGUAUUCAUACCGGUGAAAAACCAUUCGCAUGUAAAUUUUGUGCGAAAAGAUUCACUUUACAAAAUAAUCUAACGCAACAUUUACUCACCCAUACCGGAAUUAAACGUUUCGAAUGUGAAAUCUGUGAUAAACGAUUCGCACAAAAAAAGAAUUUAGAUCAUCACAAACGAACACAUACCGGUGAAAAACCAUUUACGUGUGAAAUUUGUGCGAAAAAAUUCCCAUAUCUUGGUAGUUUAAAUAAACAUAAAUUAACGCAUACCGUGGAACAACGAAUACGUAAGAAACCAACGGGACGUAAACCAACGUUUGGAAAAAAAUUAUCGAAAUUAUUCGCAUGUGAUUUAUGUAAAAAACGUUUUACAUCGGAAAAACAUUUAGCACGGCAUAAAAAACUUGAAGCACAGAAAUAUUUAUGUAAAGUGUGUUUGAAAACAUUUAAACAAAAAGAUAAUUUAGAUUCGCACAUGCGAUUACAGCAUGUGAAAAAUAAACCGUAUUCGUGUGAUGUUUGUAGUGCGAAAUUUUUUAAUCAAAUCGGUUUAUGUGAACAUAAAAAGGAACAUGGAAUUUUCAUCGAAAAUAAACAAAUUAAACAAGAAAAUAAAGGGAAACCGUGUUUUUCUUGGGAUAUUUAUAAUGAAAAUUAC